AUGGCUGGCCCCAGCAAGUCCUUGAUCCUUGACCCGGCCUUCCAGAAAUACUACGAACUCAACGCCAACCGCUACAAGUACUUCCGCUGGACCCCGCGCCAUGCUUGGCUGUCUUUUGUGUACAUGGGCGUGAUUCCGGGUGUUCUCACCUAUAUUGCCUAUCAAACUGAGGGCAAGUUCGAACUCCGCGGCAAGCGGAAGGGAGACACAAUCUCCGAAUGGUGA